AUGGAUGUGUUUUGUGUGUGUGUUUGUGUCAGUGUUCUGUACGAGGGCAAGGAUCCGGUCCGGUCAGGAUGGCAGGUGAUCGAGACGACUCCGUACAGUCGUUCUGCGAGCCUGAGCUCCGGCGGUCCUGCGACGCACCGCACUUUCCUGAUGUUCCGCCGAGCGCCGGACUCACAGGCGCUGAACACGCUGGGCAUCACUGAGAUCUCGCUGCUGAUGCCUAGCAAGGGCGAGACGGCGCCGCACACCUACUGCAGAGUGGACAAGAACCUCAACACCGGCAUGUGGGGUCCGGCGCUGUAUCUCUGCUACAAGCGUUCAGUGGCUAAAGCAAACGCUCUGGUGUAUGAGGCAGUGCGUCUGGGUCUGCUGAGCGUCGUGGACCGGCGGCCCAUCACCAACCGCAGCGUUCAGGUCAAGAAGAGCAUCUGCGUUCUCUCACACUGGCCCUUCUUCAGCGUCUUCCAGAAGUUCCUCACCUUCAUCUACAGAUACUCCAUCUCUGGACCGCAUGUGCUGCCGCUGGAGAAGCACAUCUUGAGCUUCAUGCACAACGUCCCGUUCCCGUCCGCUCAGCGUCCUCGGAUCCUGGUGCAGCUCUCUUCGUAUGAUAAUCUGCUGCUCUGUCAGCCCGUGUCGUCUCCGCUGCCGCUCAGUGGGGCCAGUUUUGUGAAGCUGCUGCAGAAUCUGGGUCCGGAGAACACGUGUUCGCUGCUGCUGGCGGUUCUGACCGAACACAAGCUGCUGCUGCACUCGCUGCGGCCCGAUGUUCUGACGUCCGUCAGCGAAGCGCUCGUCUCCAUGCCGUUUCCUCUGCGCUGGCACUGCCCGUAUAUCCCGCUGUGUCCGCUGCGGAUGGCAGACGUGUUGUGCGCUCCCAUGCCCUUCAUCGUGGGCGUCCACUCCAGCUACUUCGAGCUUUACGAUCCGCCGACUGACGUGGUGUGUGUGGAUCUGGACACCAACACCAUCUUCCAGUCUGAAGAUAAGAAGCCUCUGUCCUGGAGGUCUUUGCCGAGGAAACAUGGGAAGAUCCUGCUGAACUCUCUGUCCAACCUGCACAAAACUCUGGAGAAGAUCUAUACUCCGGGUCAGGAGGAGGCCACGCUGGAGUUCCUGCUGACGGACUACGAUCUGAUCUACGGCCGUCAGAAGCAGCUGGAGCUGGAGAUCCAGGAGGCGUUCCUGCGCUUCAUGAGCUGUUUGCUGAGAGGAUACCGAUCCUUCCUGCUGCCCAUCACACAAGCGCCCUCCGACCGAACCACGGACUGCAGCUCGCUCUUCCACCUGCAGGGGUUCCUGAAGUCUUGCGAUCGAACGCAGCAGAAGUUUUACACACAGCUCACAAAGACGCAGAUGUUCACGCAGUUCAUCGAGGAGUGUUCGUUCGUCAGCGACCGCCACGGCUGCCUCGAGUUCUUCGACGAGUGUGUGCAGAAGGUGGACGUGGAGAAGCCGGAGGAAGUGCGUCUGAUCGACCGUGACGAGUGUCACAGCGGUGAACAUACGGUGUUUAUUAUGCCUCCGGAGGAGCCACAGGAAGCCGACGGCUCCGAGUGUCCUGCACACUACAGCUACGACACGUUCCCGGUCCUCCAGUCGGAUCUGUUCGAUCGGCCGCAGGAUCCGCUGCGGACUCCAGCUAAAGGAAGUGCCCCCAGUAGCCCCACCCCCCGCCGCACCAAACAGGAGAUAAAGCUGGCGCAGAAGAAGGCGCAGAAGUACUCAACGGUGCCGGAGAUGUGGUCCAAAUGCCUGCUGGGUCACUGCUACGGACUCUGGUUCAUCUGCUUACCAACAUUCGUCAGAGCAGAGAGCACUAAAGUCCGAGCGCUGCACGCCGCAUACGAGGUGCUCAAACACAUGGAGACACGCAAGGUGGUGCUGCCGGACGAGGUGUGUUACCGUAUCCUCAUGCAGCUGUGCGGUCAGUACGGUCAGCCGGUUCUCGCGGUCAGAGUUCUGCUGGAGAUGAAGCGGGCGGGAAUUACACCCAACACCAUCACAUACGGAUACUACAAUAAAGCGGUGCUAGAGAGCAAAUGGCCAUCCACCAAUCAGGGAGGGCGUCUUCGCUGGGCGAAGCUGCGUAACGUGGUAUUGGCCGUGGCUCAGUUCAGGCAGCCAAUCAAACAGCAGCAGAGGAGCGCAUCAUUCAGCACCCCCGCAGAAGACGCACUGUCCAAGCCCCGCCCCUACUUGGCUCUGAUUCGUCAGUCCAGCUGGAGCGGGUUGAGUGAAAGCUCGAGCCACGAGUCGCUGACGAGUCUGGCCAAGAGCAACAGUCUGAGCAGCAUUCAGCCGUCAGGAAGCAAGCUGAAGCUGUUAAAGAAAGCAGCUGCGCAGACGGCCGCAGCCUCGCACAAGCCUCCCGCCGGCCGCCGCAACACGCUGAGUCCUCCGGCGCCUGUGCUUGUGCGCCGCAGCGACGUCUGCCUGUCCACCUUCUACAGAGACUGCGCAGAGAACGCAGACGCAGACUGCAGGUGUCAGCCGGAGAGAGACAGCAGCAGCUUGAGCAAAGGAUGCGCAAAAAUACUGAUUUUCAAAGAAUCCGUCUCUGUGAGUGUGUUUAUGUUUAUCUCUGUGUCUGCGUGUCAGGUGCUGAUGUCGAGCUGCUCGCUGUGCCGCAGCUGUAAUUCUCUGGUGUAUGAUGAGGAGAUCAUGGCCGGCUGGUCGUCUGAUGACUCUAAUCUCAACACCACCUGUCCGUUCUGCUCCGCGCCGUUCGUACCGCUGCUAAACGCAGAGAUCUGUGACCUGGGGCCCGUCUGCAGCGUGGAGCGCAGUAACCUGAGUGUGGAGGAUGAGCUGGAGAAUAUCAUGCGUCCUCCCUCCACUCCGGACGACACACUGCAGCACCUGUGCAACGGCAUCAGAGAGACGGACUCCAGCUCUGAGACCAGCAGCCAAUCAGUGAGCAGCGUGCCGUUGGUGGGCGGAGCCCCGCAGGUGACGGUGGCGUACCUGAGCCCGCUGGUGCUCACCCCGGAUACGGAGCAGUGGCCGCCGCUCUACAUGCUCUGGAAGAUUCACAGUGGCGUCCCCAUGCGCAGCCACAGCUGGAGGCAUCACAACCAUCCCUUCAACCUCAGCUUCCUGGAGGAAGUGCUGCGCUGUAUCGGCAUGAAUGAGGUACACAAGGCCAUCACGCUCUUCCUGGAUACGGUUGCUAAGCAGCCCGGCACUCCGCGGAUACAGAGGAGUCUGUACAGAGAGAUGCUCUUCCUCACGCUGGCUGCCAUGGGCAAAGAUCACGUCACUUCAUUUGAUAAGCGUUAUAAGGCAGCGUACCUGCGCUUGAGCAGUUCUCUGGGCCGAGAGGAGCUGAGGAGGAAGAGAGUCCAGCCGCCCAGUCCUAAAGCCGUCGACUGCAGACGCUGCUUCCUGCUGCCGCUGGAGUGCUGAUCUCACACACACACACACACACACACACAUACACAAUCACACACUCCGCUUGUCUCGUCUUGCCGUCGUCUUCACGCUGCUUGAGGAGGAACCGCGACACACAGUCUGAGCGCUUCUGCUGGUACGCUCACUGCAGACGCCGCUGUGCAUUAUGGGAAUGCGUGACCCUUUCACCAAAAACUGCUUCUGUAUCCCACAAUGCCAAGCAAACUGACACCCAGCCGCCCCUCGGAAGAUUUCAUAGCAUCUGAUGUGGCGUUUGAAUUUACCUCGUUGAUUUCUGUUGGUUUGAUGUCAUGGAACUCAAAGAUGAAGAUCCGGUUGUAAACGCCGGAAGGCAUCAUGGGAGUUUGUUGAGAUGAUUCUGCACUGGAGUGACGCUCUGAGCUUCUUCAUGUUUGUGUGAGAUGUUUCCUGACCAGCAGAUCCAUCGUCUCCAUUCUGGACAGAAGAGUUACUCAGUAAACUAGUCUGGUCAGGACUAGUUAGUUCCUCUGAACCGUGUUUGUGUGUGAGAGAGAGAAAGCAGCACUGCUGUCGAUCUACAAACACAUUUUAUCAGUCGUUUUAAAGGGUGUCCUGUGAUGUGGUGUGACUGUAGGAGGAUCCUGCGACGCUCUGGUUCACCCACAAACCAGCUGGUUUUAGCAUUGAGCCGUAAUUCACACAACCGUCAAACACAUUCACCUCCAAACUCUCACUGGUGUGAAGAGCAGAUCAUUCUCUCAUUCAGACCUGUGUGACUGUCUGCAGUCAGAGAUUCUGAGAAAUGAACCAGUGUUUUCUGUUCAUAUAAUGAAAUUCAGCGGGAUCCAGUGUUGUUUGGCUCCCAACAUUCUUCAAAAUACAGUUACAUUUAUUCAUUUCUCAAAUUAUCCAUUUUCAGAACAUUGGAAGACAUGAGGAGCGUAAAUGAUGACAGAAUGAGGAUUUUUGGCUGAACUGUCUCAUUAAAUGCACACAUCAUGGUUGAAUUUAUAGAUUUUAUUUAUGAUGUUUUCAGUCAUGCCUGAUGAUAAUGUUUUUUUAUUUAAUUUAGUUUUUUUCUUUAUACAGUAGGAUAUUUUCUAUAUAUCAGGAUAUAAUGCAAAAUUUAAAAAGGAACUAGAUACAUAAAAUCCAGCUGACUUUCUGUACAUUUCACAACUAAUGUUUAUUACCAACAGAACUAAAACAAAGU